ACUUUCCAAGCUUCGCACCAGGAAUCCGGUGGGGAAGAGCAACUCAUUCCCUCUUUAGGUCUAUCCUCAAAACCAUAUAUAUUUUGAUCUUGGAUUCCCCCCCCCACACACACCCUUCUGUCUCUCCCCCUCUUCCUUCCUCGCCCCUGUUUUUGGGAACCAGCGACCGGAUUUGCUGCGGUUUUUGCGGUAAGCGUUAAGCGGACGCGCAGGAAUGCGCUUCUCUGUUCUGGGGGGCGCAGGCUUUCUCUCUCUCUCUCUCUCUCUCUCAAAAGAAGAAAUCCCUUCUGACGGUGAUUUGUUUUGACCUGUGCUAGUUUCCCAGCGGAUGGCAGCAGCCCAAGGAAAGAGGCCCACCACAAAAAGGAUUUUACGCUCAGCCGGUGGAUCUGAAUAACUUUUGCAGGCCCUCCCCAGUUAUUUUGGGAACCCUGGCGUGGCUGCCCUGGGGAGCGUGUGACUUCUUUCCUCUUUGUUCCCCAUUCCCUGAUUUUUCGCUCCUCCUGGAAAGAGGAAAACACUCUUUUUCAUUCUCCUUUUUCUUUUUUCCAGUAGAAAAAAAAAACAGAAGAGAGAAAAGCUAAAACAAGAACUUGACAUGAACUUUGUAUUUUUCGAGGAAGCAGGGUGGGUGUGUAAUGUUUGUCAUCUUCCACGGACUAAGGCGUGACCUGUUCCAGUUUGGAGUGAUCUGUGUUUUUAAAAUCCUUUUCCUUUUAUUUUUCCCUCCCCUUCACCCCUCUGGAGGUUUGUGGGUUUUGAACCAGGCCCCAAAAGGAGACUGUCCAAAUUUGCAAAACAUUGUCAAGUCUGUACAAACACAAGAGUUUUUUGUUGUUGUUUCUGUUUUCACUUGGGUCAAUCCCGAGAGGACUUUUCGAAGCGUGCCACGAGCGUGCGUUGCACUGGAUUUCUUGACAAAAACGACAGAAAUGUGGACUAUCAAGAGAGGGAAAGACGGUUUCACAAAGAAAUCCAUUCUGCCCGGCAUGAUUUCAUCGGAGAGAGGUUGCUAAGCUUUCUACAUAUACUCCAUGUUGUGGGUUCAGGAAUAACUCGUUUGCAAGAUAAAAUCAACCCAGAGAUGACUGUCUUCUGGUUACCUUGGCGUCUGACGGAGGCCUAUAUAACUCAAAAGGAGAGAUCAGAAAAUGUUGUUUGGUUUGCCCCAAGCAUGUCAUUCUUCAUUAAUUCCUCUGGACUGUGAAAACAGGAUGGAAUUUAACAACUUCAGCUGGGAUUCGUAAGGAAAAAAAUUUGCAUCGUUCUGCAAGUCUGCAAGACUCUCCUCUUUUCCUGAAACCUGUUACUGCUUUUGAGGUUCCGGAGAGAGGUAUCGUGCUUCCUCUCCCCCCCCCCCUGCUUGUUUAUUGCUGGCGUAUCCAAGGAACCAGAGCGGGAGGGGUGGCCACAUUUUUGCACCAGCUGGCGGGCUCUUGUUACAGGGACCAGCCAUGGCUUUGAAAGCCAGAGCGCUCUACAACUUCCAGAGUGAAAACAAAGAAGAGAUCAGCAUCCAGGAGAACGAGGAGCUGGUGAUUUUCAGCGAGCACUCCUUGGACGGCUGGUUGCAGGGGACCAACAGCCGAGGGGAGACCGGCCUCUUCCCUGCCUCGUACGUGGAGGUUCUCCGAACCAGGUCGGCUUCGACGUACACUGAGUACUCUAACAGUUCUUCCGGGUCCCCUGGAAACGGCUCGUCCUUCUACCUGCCCCCUUCCAGCACCAGCGUCUCCCACCAGGGCAGCUUUGAAGAUGACGACGAGGACGACUGGGACGAUUGGGACGAUGGGUGUACGGUGGUGGAGGAACCCCGGAGCGGGCCUGGUACCAACGGGCAUCCGUCCGCCAACCUCUCCCACCCCGGGCCGUAUCCCUAUCCGAACCACAUGGCCUACCGCCCCAAGCCGUCUCUGGAGAGGCAGGACAGCAUCGGCUCUUCCAAAAGGGGAAGCGUGGUGGGGCGGAACCUCAACCGCUUCUCCUGUUUUGUCCGUUCCGGGGUGGAGGCCUUCCUCUUGGGGGACGUGCCCAUGCUGUCCAAGGUGGCCGAGGCCUACUACAUCGACAUGGGCCCCAAGGGCCCCCAGUGGAGGCCCAACCCGCACCCCUUGAUCUGCUCCGUGGAGGACCCCACCAAGCAGACCAAGUUCAAAGGCAUCAAGAGCUACAUCUCCUACCGGCUGACACCGAGCAACAGCAAGUCGCCUGUCUACCGGCGCUACAAGCACUUCGAUUGGCUGUACAACCGCCUGCUGCACAAGUUCACGGUCCUCUCCGUGCCCCACCUGCCCGAGAAACAAGCCACGGGCCGCUUCGAGGAAGACUUCAUUGAGAAGCGCAAGCGGAGGCUGAUCUUGUGGAUGGACCAUAUGACCAGCCACCCGACCCUCUCCCAGUACGAGGGCUUCCAGCACUUCCUCACCUGCCGGGACGACAAGCAGUGGAAGAUGGGGAAGCGCCGGGCUGAGAAGGACGAGAUGGUGGGGGCCAGCUUCCUCCUGACCCUCCAGAUCCCCACCGAGCACCAGGACCUCCAGGACGUGGAGGACCGCGUGGAUGCCUUCAAGGCCUUCAGCAAGAAGAUGGACGACAGCGUCCUGCAGUUGACCAACGUCGCAUCCGAGCUGGUCCGGAAGCACGUCGGGGGCUUCCGUAAGGAAUUCCAGAAACUGGGCAACGCCUUCCAAGCCAUCAGCCAGUCCUUCCAGAUGGACCCGCCCUACAGCUUGGACGCCCUCAACGGGGCCAUCUCACACACGGGCAAGACCUACGAGACCGUGGGGGAGAUGUUUGCGGACCAACCCAAGAACGAUCUCUUCCUCAUGCUGGACACCCUCUCCUUGUACCAAGGACUCCUGUCCAACUUCCCCGACAUUAUACACCUGCAAAAAGGUGCUUUUGCCAAAGUGAAGGAGAGCCAGCGGAUGAGCGACGAAGGGAAAAUGGACCAGGAGGAGGCCGACGGGAUCCGGAAGCGUUGCCGGGUGGUGGGUUUCGCCCUGCAGGCGGAGAUGAACCACUUCCACGAGCGGCGCGUGUCGGACUUCAAGAAGAUGAUGCAGUCUUACCUCAAGCAGCAGAUCGUCUUCUACCAGAGGGUCAGCCAACAGCUGGAGAAGACGCUGAGGAUGUACGACAACCUCUAGGACUUCGGCCGGUCCGACAUUUCUGACGUUUCUUCUUCGCAAAAGAGGAUUUCCACCGGCUCAGGGCUUUGAGCGAACUGCAAGGCUCCCGGCUCCUCGGUCGGCUGGGACGGCUUUUAUUGCUUUGCACCGGGGAGGGACAGAGGGCAUCUGAACCUAAGAGGAGUGCGUUCCCACUCAGGAGCCAGGGCCAUACUUACGGGGUGGAGAGGUUCUGUUUUGGAAUUGGGGUGCUUCGUUCUCGGGGAGGGGGGGGCUUGAGCCCAGAGCUUUUAAAAAUUCAACCCAAAAUAUGAAAACAGGGAACAGAAACACAGAGAGGGAGAGGAACUUUGGAUACCCGCCAGUCUCAACGCAACGUUGAAAUUUCUCCCUUCGUCCAAACUGAUCUAAAGACAUCUGAAGAAAUACAACGUGAAGGACAUUCCAGGGAGAAACCCUUCUUCUUCUUCUUUUUUUCCAAGAAGAGGUUUCCUCUCCUUUCUGCCGCUUGUUCUGUUUACAACCAAGACAGACAAGUUCUCCCCCCCCCUCAGAAAGAAGCAGAAGAUGAUCCUGUGGGUUCGCUCCCCACCUCCCCGGUCUUCUCAGGCUUCGUUUUCUCAAUAUGACACUCUCCUCCUCCUCUUGAGGAGAUCCCUUUCCCACCUACCCUCGGGGUUCAGUGGAAUAAGCAUCAGAAUUUGCUUUCCACAAUUCUGGCAGUAUAAAGGUAGACACGGUAAGGACUUGAAAUAAGAGGAGAGAAAGGGGACGUCUGCGGUGUGCGUGUGUUACAUUUUGGUAAACUAAAAUAAUUCCUUUAGGGUAUUUGCACACGCACACAUUCCCCCUCUUUUUUUAAAAGAUUAUGUGCAGAGCUGACUGUGGAAUUAAUUUUUUUUAAUUUUUAUUUUUAUUUUGUAUUCUAAAAUCAAAAUGCUGCUUGGGAACUGCAACUGUGUUUUGCUUGACUCGUUUCUAAAGGGCUCCGGUGUUGGUGGGAGGCCAUGCUGAAGACCAUCGGUUGUACAGUGGUGCCUCGCUUGACGACGUCAAUCCAUUCCAGCGAGAUCGCGGUAGAAUGAAAUCGUCGUCAAGCGAAAG